GCUAGAAGUCGCCGGUGGUUUUCUGUGGUCGGGCAGAGCUGGACCCCAGCGGAACUCCUGUCUGUGGUACUGGCAGUCUCUGUGGCGAUGCUGGGGCUGAACGGGCUGCUGAGACCAACCUCUUCCUCCGCGGCCGGCGGCCGGCCCCGCGCCGACAUGGACGAGCAGUUCCAGCCCGUGAGUGCGGCACGGAUCGGAUCGGAUCGGCCCGGGGGCUGUCGCUGCCUGGUCCCGGCCCCGGAGCUGGGCAGGGGGCAGUGCCCGACCCCGCGGGUGGGCUGGGAGUGCCUGGAUGGGAUUGACUAUGAUGACUUAAGUUUUGGCUCCCACAUGGUGGAGCAGAAGGAGCCCGUGAUAGAGACAGUGGAAGGUCCCUACCUUGUCAUUAUUGAGCAGCCAAAGCAGCGGGGUUUCCGAUUUCGGUACGGCUGCGAGGGCCCUUCCCAUGGGGGGCUGCCGGGAGCAUCCAGUGAGAAGGGGCGCAAGACCUAUCCCACUGUCAAGAUCUGUAACUACACAGGGAUGGCCCGGAUCGAGGUAGACCUGGUGACGCACAGUGACCCUCCCCGUGUACAUGCUCACAGCCUGGUGGGCAAGCAGUGCAACGAGGCUGGCAACUGUGUCACAAUCGUGGGACCCAAGGACAUGACUGCUCAGUUCAGCAACCUGGGUGUGCUCCAUGUCACCAAGAAGAAUAUGAUGGAGAUCAUGAAGGAAAAGCUGAAGCAGCAGAAGAUGCGCAACAGGAGCCGUCUGCUGACGGAAGUGGAGCUGCGUGAGAUCGAGCUGGAGGCAAAGGAGCUGAAGAAGGUGAUGGACCUGAGCAUUGUGCGGUUGCGCUUCACCGCCUACCUCCGUGACAGCAGUGGGAACUUCACGCUGGCUCUCCAGCCUGUCAUCUCAGACCCCAUCCAUGACAGCAAGUCCCCUGGAGCUUCCAACCUGAAGAUCUCACGGAUGGAUAAGACAGCAGGCUCCGUGCGGGGAGGAGAUGAAGUCUACUUGCUGUGUGAUAAAGUUCAGAAAGAUGACAUCGAGGUGCGUUUCUACGAGGAUGAUGAGAACGGCUGGCAGGCCUUUGGUGACUUUUCUCCUACAGAUGUGCACAAGCAGUAUGCCAUUGUCUUCCGCACACCCCCCUACCACAAGCCCAAGAUCGACCGUCCUGUCACCGUCUUCCUGCAGCUGAAGCGGAAGCGGGGAGGGGACGUGAGCGAUUCCAAGCAGUUCACCUACUACCCAGUGGUGGAAGAUAAGGAAGAAGUGGAGAGGAAGCGCAAGAAAGUCCUGCCUCAGUUUCCUCAGCACUUUGGCGGUGGCUCACACAUGGGGGGGGCUGGUGGUGGGGCCGGGGGCUUUGGCUCUGGAGGAGGUGGGAGCCUCAGCUUCCCGUACUCCUCUGGGCUGACCUACAACAGCAUCUACUCUCCCGGCCCCCACCCAGUGGGGAGCUACCAGGGGGGUGUGCAGAUGAAGGGCCCCGAGGCAGAGGGGCCUGAGAGCGACAGGCAGGCACCUGCAGAAGAAAGCACAUACUGCAAGGAGCUGCAGAAGCACGCCCAGCUGUGCCAGCUGUGGAUGCUGGCGUUAGCCCGGCGCAAUGCCCAUGCCCUGCUCGACUACUCGGUCACCGCCGACCCCCGCAUGCUGCUGGCAGUCCAGAGGCACCUGGCUGCAUCACAGGAUGAGAACGGAGACACGCCUUUGCACCUCGCUAUAAUCCAUGAGCAGACAGCUGUGAUCAAGCAGCUGAUCGACGUCAUUGUUAGCAUCCCCAGCCAGCAGAUCAUCAACAUCUCCAAUAACCUGCAACAGACACCACUGCAUCUGGCAGUCAUCACCAAGCAGCCCCAAGUGGUCCAGCUCCUGCUGCAAGCCCGCGCCGACCCAACCUUGCUGGACCGCUACGGCAAUUCCCUGCUGCACCUGGCACUGCAGGCUGGUGAUGAAGAGAUGCUGAGGACACUGCUGGCUCACCUGGGCUCAGCUGCCCCUUACCUGCUCUGCCUGCCCAAUUUCCAUGGCCUCCUGCCUGUGCAUUUGGCUGUGAAGGCAAAGAGUUUGGCUUGCCUGGACCUGCUGGUCAGGACGGGAGCAGAUGUGAAUGCAGUGGAGAGGCAAAGUGGGAGGACCCCACUGCACCUGGCUGUGGAGAUGGAGAACCUGAACAUGGCCACCCACCUGGUGAAGAAGCUGGGAGCAGACAUCAACAGCCGGACUUUCGCCGGGAACACCCCCCUGCACUUGGCUGCUGGCCUGGGCUCCCCCACCCUCACCAAACUGCUCCUUAAAGCUGGGGCAGAUGUUCUGUGUGAGAAUGAUGAGCCCAUGAGCCUAUCCUCAUCAGAGGCCAGUAGUGACACAGACACUGAUCCUGAGGAGCAGGAGCUGGCCAUGGAUCUGGGGGAGCCAGCCCUGGCUGCAGAACACAGCACCAGCUCCAGGCUUUCCACACAGGGGCAGUGGCAGGCAGGGCACAGGCAGCGCCGCUGCCACACGUCCCUGGACCUGACUCGGAGCCAGAAGGUGCGGGAGAUCCUGCUGCAGGCCUCCCAGCAGGGGCCCGAGGCACAACUGCCCACUGCCCCCCAGCCAGGGAAGGUCCUGUCACUGGACAGUGAGGCACUGCAGGGGCUGGAGCAGCUGCUGAACCAGGACUGCAGUGGGUCAGACUGGAUCGAGCUGGCCAAGCGCCUGGGGCUGUGCAGCCUCGUGGAGACCUACAAGGACACGCCCUCGCCCAGCGCCAGCCUCCUGCGCAGUUACGAGCUGGCAGGUGGCAGCCUGGGGGGACUGCUGGAGGCACUGGACUCCAUGGGGCUCCACAAUGCCGUGAGGAUGCUCCACAAAACCGAGGCACUGGAGAAGCUGCAAAGCACAGAGCUGAAGGAAGACAGUGCCUAUGGCAGUGAGUCCGUGGAAGAGGAGCAGGCACCCACGCUAGCCCUGAAGCCGGGGGGUGAGCUGCCCCCCAGCCAGCAGCCACAGGUGCACUGAGGAGCCAGCCAGCAGCCCCUAUGACCACACAGGGAGCUACACUGCCCUCUGCCUUACCCACACAAGUGCCUUCUGGACUGGGGGUCCAGCUGCCUGGACUCAGGGGGAUGGGAUGCAGCUGGCUCCUGCCCGUCUCUGCUCUUAUUUAAUGGUUUCUCUUCUGAAUAAAAGGACACAGGUUCCAUUAGUCUUCACCCUCCCUCUCUCCAGUCCCAGCAGUGAGGUGGGCACUAAAGCCCCUGAACCCUGCCUGGGUCUCAAGUCUGGCAGCAAGGAGACAGCUGCCAGCCCCUCCUCAGCAUCCCUUGGUGCUGGGGCUGUCCCCAGCCAUGGGGAAGAAACCACAGCACACCCAAGAAGUGAAGAGCAAGUUUUACUUCAGUAACUGAGAGAAGAAGCUGUACAAAGGUUUUUUUUCCCCACCACCCCCCCAAGCCACCUGGGGCAAGGGUGGUUAUGGGUUUGUUUUUUUGUUUUUUUUUUUUUUUUUUUUUUUUU